AUGAUGGGAGGUCCUGCGGAGGGAUCAGGCGGACACAACACCGAAAGUUGGUUCGAUCUCUUCACCGGUACUACUUCCGGCAACCUGUUCCCGGGCGCUUCUUCCAACACACGAGCAGGUGGUGACCCUCGUUCCUUCCCGAGCGCGAACGGUCCAUCUCCAAACAGUCGCACGACGAACUAUGGAGGCCCAUUUGCUACAUUGGAGGAAGAUAUCGUUCACGUCUUGGGUGCCACGUCAACGGCGGGUGCUGCCUCAGCUGCAGGUCCUCAAAGGUCGAAUGAGGCGGACCCUACGCCCGGCCACCCCACUGAGCGGAGAGGAUCGUCUGACACAUCCGGUCCGCUGGUUCCCAACGCAUCUUCCGCCAACCUGGUGGCGCCACCCCAGACGGGCACUUCGAACCCAGAGAACAAAGAAACGGACAAUCUCAGUGACGCCGACGCCGAUGCCGACGCGGAUGGAGAUGGGGAUGUGGAAAUGGAAGAUGUUCCCCUUCCCGCCACUUCCUCUCACAGUGCCGCUGAACAAUCUGCCUCUGUCCCGCCGUCUGAUGGAAAUCCCGCUCCAGCGCAGUCUGGCUCUCGUGGGGAGGAAGAAGCUUCAGGGUCAGGAGACUCUGUACCUGCUGUUGGCACGUCGAAGGAAGAUGCGAACGCUGAGGGGGGUGUUUCAUCCUCUCAGGCUCAUGAAGGAGGGAAGGAGAUCGCGAAAGGAGACGUCGGGCCUGUCGGCGAAGAGAAGAUGGACAGUAUCACUGAGAAAAUCUGA